CAACGAAGCUCGCCUGACAAUCCAGCAAUUUCAUAUUCCUCGUCUCCCUCGAAUUUCCCGCGCUCCGCAGACUAUCGAAUCCAAGCUCUCAACCCCGAGAUCUUGCCUCCUCGCCUCGACGUACGUUCGGCACGGCCCCAAAACCCUUCUCCGUACCCGCAACGCAACGAUCGGAUGCGUACGCCGGCGGCCGGCGUGUGGCGGCUGCACCCGCGGGGCAGCGGCAGCGGCGGCGGCGGCGGCAGCAAGCUAACCAGGCGGAUAAUCAGCAACGUCAAGAUCACCCUCCUGUGCGCCUUCGUCACGCUCCUCGUCCUCCGCGGCACCGUCGGCGUCAACCGCCGCCUCGUCUACAUCGCCGGCACCUCCGACGACAACCGCGCGGCGGCCACGGCCAGCACCAGACCCGUCGACGACAUCGAGCGCAUCCUCCGUGAGAUCCGCGCCGACUCCGACCCCGACGCGGCGGCGAAGCCCAGCUUCUCGGCGGAGCACUACGACCGCGGCGCCGCGUGGACGACGGCGAACUACAGCCUGGGUCCCCGGGUGACGCGGUGGAACGCCAAGCGGCGGCGGUGGCUGCACCAGAACCCGGGGUUCCCUUCCCGCGACGCGCGGGGCGGUCCGAGGGUGCUUCUCGUCACGGCGUCGCCGCCGGGGCCCUGCAGCAGCCCCGCCGGCGACCGAUUCCUGCUCCGGGCCACCAAGAACAGGCUCGACUACUGCCGCCUCCACGGCGUCGAGAUGGUGCACGUCACGGCGCGGCUGGAGGACCCCGAGCUGUCGUCGUCGUCGUCGUCGGGCGGUGCCGGCGGGUGGGCCAAGCUCGCGCUGCUGCGGCGCCUCAUGCUGGCGCACCCGGAGGUGGAGUGGCUGUGGUGGCUGGACGCGGGCGCGCUCGUCACCGACAUGGGGUUCGAGCUCCCGCUGGCGCGCUACGAGGGCGCGCACCUCGUCGUGCACGGCAACUCGUACCUCCUCUUCCAGCGCCGGUCAUGGGACGCCGCCAGCACCGCCAGCUUCCUGCUCCGGAACUGCCAGUGGUCUCUGGACCUGCUCGACGCCUGGGCCGUCAUGGCGCCCAGGGGCCGCGCCCGCGACGACGCCGGGAGGCUGCUCACCGCGACGCUGGCAGGGCGGCCGGAGGGAGAAGCCGACGACCAGUCCGCGCUCGUCCACCUGCUCAUCACCGAGAAGGAGCGGUGGAUGGACAGGGUGUACCUCGAGAACCAGUUCUACCUCCACGGCGUCUGGACGGGGCUCGUCGGCAAGUUCGAGGAGGCCAUGGAGAAGCACCACCCGGGGUACGGCGACGACCGCUGGCCGUUCGUCACGCACUUCGCCGGCUGCAAGAUUUGCGACGGCAGGUCCAACAGGUCCGCGUCCGCCGGCGACGGUGGCGGCGGCAAGAAUCGCAGUGAUGAGUACCCGCUGGACCGGUGCGUCGGCGGCAUGGAGCGCGCCUUCAACUUCGCCGACAACCAGGUGCUCAGGCUCUACGGGUUCCGGCACCAGUCGCUGGCGACCGCCGAGGUCAGGCGGGUGGCCAACCGGUCGGCGAACCCGCUGGAGGCCAAGGAGGAGGCGCUCGCUUUCUUGAAGAAACCCAAUGAGCCGGAUCCAUGGAGUAGUGAUGUGCGCAAGUAUCUAAAGCGAAAAGGAAAGGGAGAUUCUGUUCUUGCAAGAAUCCUGAGGAGACUAGGAUGGCGAUCCAAGAUUUGAAAUGUUUUCAUUUUCUUUUUUUUUCUUUUUGGAGAAUUUUGGUUGUUCGUAAAUUCCAGUUUUAUACAAUGGAAGGGGAACAUAUAUACAGCAAGUGAAUUGCAGUUGCUUGCUGGUUCAUCACAAAUGAAACAUUUCAAGAGGCUAAGAUAUUCAGAGUGCAUGAUAUGGUCUGAAAUAUCACUGUUAACUGUUAGUAAGUAAUAAUUGGUCAGAAUUUCCAUACAUGACUCUGUUGCUGAAAAGAAUAGCAUUUCCAAUUCUGUAGGCACACUCUCAGAACAGAGACAUGUGACAUCU